CUGUGACUGUCAGAGUGAGAUCAGCUGGCUUUUGCAACUCUCCCAGCUGAGUUCGUCUGUCAGACAUCAAUGCUUAGGAUCGCUGCAAACAGCGUUGCUUUAUGUACAUUAGAAGGAAAGAGAGAACGUAAAGGAUACAAGGAGCUGUUAGAUGAUCCACAAUUGAGAUAUUCAGGAGCUUAUGAAAGCGAGUGUUCCGAUUUAUAUGUAACUUGUCAAGUAUUUGCUGAUGGUCAACCAUUAUGCCUUCCAACAAGAACAUCUUACAAACCAUUCAGUACAAGAUGGAAUUGGAAUGAGUGGCUCAAGUUGCCCAUCAAAUACCCCGACAUUCCUCGCCAUGCUCAAGUGUGUUUUACAAUCUGGGAUGUGUAUGGUCCAAGGAAAGCCAUCCCAGUGGGUGGAACAACUGUGUCGCUUUUUGGUAAACAUGGAGGGAAAAGCGAAACUCCAAUUUCAUGUUUCUAAUGAUCAAGUUUCCUAGAGUCCAUUUUGAUGGCCUAGAGUAUUCUGUGGUUCAUUUUGAAAAGGAUGCCGACGAUGUUGAUCAUGUCUGUACUCAUCCAGAGAUUGUGAGAGUACCUGAUCCAGAAAUUCUGUUGGAUAACCUUGUUGAGUUGAAGCAUCACAAGCUUGUCAGAAGUAUAAGAAGUGGAACAGUAUCAAGAGAGCUGAAACCAAAUGCAAAAACCAGGGAUCAGUUAAAUCAAAUUGUGGGCUAUCCUUCUACCAAAGUGCUCACAUCUGAAGAGAAAGAUUUGGUGUGGCAGUUCCGAUUUUAUCUCACCAAUCAGAAAAAGGCACUGACCAAGUUUCUCAAAUGUGUGGAUUGGACUCAGCCACAGGAAGCCAGACAGGCUCAAGAAAUUUUAGGAAAGUGGAACCCAAUGGAUGUUGAAGAUGCUUUGGAGUUGUUGUCUUCCCAGUUUACCAAUAGAGCAGUCAGACAGUAUGCUGUCUCAAGACUGAAGGGGGCCAAUGAUGAUGACUUGCUGCUCUAUCUUCUCCAACUUGUCCAAGCAUUACGUUAUGAUGCUCUAUCAGAUGAAGAAGAAAAACUUACAGAGAACACUGCUGAUAGUCUCCUCCAGGAUAACAACGACAGCCAAACAGCAGAUGCAGUACCAACUCAAGAUGCUGAGGGUACUGCAACAGUCAAAGAUAUUGAAGAGGGUUCAGAUUUGGCCUCAUUCCUGAUUUUAAGAGCCUGCAGAAGUGACACCCUGGCAAACUAUUUUUAUUGGUAUUUAUUUGUGGAAUGUAAUGAAGGAAAAGAUACAAAGGAAGGGGAAAUGUAUUUGAAUGUGAUGAGGAGAUUCAGUCAGGCAUUAAUGAAGGGUGGGUGGGAGUGCACAGUUAGGCGGAACAUGUUGGGCAAACAGCAGCAAUUUGUCAACCAUAUUGUCAGACUUAUGAAGGAGGUGUCACAGUUUGGGGGUGGUCGUAACAAAAAGAUACACAGAUUAAGGGAGCUGCUUGAUUGUCCUGAGUUGACUUCAUUUGGACCGAUACCUCUCCUUCUUGAUCCAGAGAUCAAAAUCAAGGGGAUCACAGUUGGAACUCCAGAGGAUAAAAAAUCCUGGCUUUUCAAGAGCCACCUCAUGCCUUGUAAACUCACUUUUCUUACGUUGGAUGAUCAAGAAUAUGUGACGAUUUUCAAGAAUGGUGAUGAUUUGCGACAAGAUCAGUUGAUUCUUCAGAUUAUUAGGCUCAUGGAUAAGCUCUUAAUGAAAGAAAACUUGGAUCUGAAAUUGACUCCAUACAAGGUGCUGGCAACAAGUGGAAGCCAUGGUUUUGUACAAUUCAUAGAGUCUACUCCCAUUGCAGAAAUUUUGGACAAAGAUGAAGAUAGAAGUAUACAGAACUAUUUUCGCCGGCAUGCUCCGUGUGAAAGUGCACCACUAGGAAUCAGCCCAGAGGUGAUGGAUACUUAUGUCAAAAGUUGUGCUGGCUAUUGUGUUAUUACAUACAUCUUGGGUGUAGGAGAUAGACAUCUGGACAAUUUACUUCUCACAAAAUCAGGAAACCUCUUUCACAUCGACUUUGGUUACAUUCUUGGAAGAGAUCCUAAGCCACUACCUCCACCAAUGAAACUGAGCAAAGAAAUGGUGGAAGGUAUGGGGGGAGCAGCUAGUGAGUUUUACCAGACAUUCAGGAAACAAUGUUUCACAGCUUUUCUCCACUUGAGGAGGCAUGCAAACUUGAUUCUAAACUUGUUUUCUCUUAUGGUGGAUGCAAAUGUACCAGAUAUUGCAUUAGAGCCUGACAAAACUGUGAAAAAAGUUCAAGACAAAUUCCGUUUGGACCUCAGUGAUGAGGAAGCUGUGCAGUACUUGCAAUCACUGAUUGAUGAAAGUGUCACUGCUAUGUUCCCAGUUGUAGUGGAACAUAUUCACAAGUUUGCCCAGUAUUGGAGAAAAUAAAAUAAGAUUACUCAUGUGAGCAGAUGCAGGAUGACACACAAACUUUGAGCUGUGCCAUUCAAGUACAUUCAAUCAUUGGUGUAGUGCAGGAAAUAAUUGCAGGAGUGUGGAAUUUUGGAGAUAUGAAACAGACUACAAGUCUAGCAGACCUUCAUCGUUAUGUUUCAUAAAUAUCAUACUUUAUAAUGAUAAAACAAUAUAUUUUAUUAAGAAUAGCAUCCAUAAAAGUGUAUUUUCUUGGACCAUACAAGUCAUGUAUCAGGUCUGUUUUUCUGUUCAGUUUAUUAAUUCAUCCAUGCUAGAUAGAAUUUGCUUGAACGUCAAACAACAAAUUCACCUUAAUUAAAAUUUAAAUUUAGCACUUUUUUUCUACUGCUAUAAGUUUGAAUUAUGUAAUAUUUAAUUUAAUGAAGUUAGACUUUACUUUAAGUUUGGUCUUGGUUUUAACCUCGCCUGUGUUAACUGAUGUACCAUGGUGAGCAUGCGAUAAGAUUCUUUCAAACCACAUCAUACAAUAAUAAAAAACUGUUUUUUUAGUCACCCAAGGUGACCUCAAAGAGAUCAGUAGUUAGAGUUAGUCACCUAAGGUGACCUCAAAGAGAUCAGUAGUUGGAGUAUCAUUGCUUAGUUUAUUUAAUUUUCCAUCCUUAAAAGGGUUUUUGUAUAUCUAGGGCUUUACGUUGAAACAAAGGGUGUUUUGUAAAUAAAAUAAGAAAGAUGGUAUGUUUUGAGCUUGGUAAAGAAAUAGAGAGCAAGCAUCAAAGCAUGGGACAAAGAAAAGAUUCCAUUUGUCCUUGUGAGGAAUCCAACCUCAUACCAUUAGGUUCUCCGCUCCGAUGCUCUACCACUGAGCCAUAGAGACUCCAUGGUGAGCAAGGCUCAUUACAAAAUCCAUAUAUGACACACAUCCUGCAUACUGCUAGUAGGAUCCCAACAUCAAUAACGUCACGUGUUGUAAAUAGAAUAAGAAAGAUGGUAAGUUGUCAGUUGUUUGAUGUGGUGAAACAUGUUUUUGUAACAUUGGCUGUAAUUUGCAGCUGUCAAUCUGGGAUUCAAGCAGCUAUCUCUGAGGAGGGAAUGAAGGUUCUUUCCUAGUCUCAACUAUAACAGAGAUCUUUGGCUGCAAAAACUAAGAUUUAGAACUCAUUCUCAAACUAGUUAGUAAUCAUUGUACAGUUCAAAAGGACUUUGCUUAACAGCCCAUAACAAAUCAACUUGAUUGUAUGGGAUAAUAAAUUGCAAUGUACAUCUUA